AUGGCUCAAUCUCACCCAGAGCCUCCUUAUGUUGACAUCGCCGAAGCUAUCCACCUCCAAGACAGGAGAGACGCCAAGUCGGAGGACCCGGCUCAAUCGCUCAUCCACCGGUGGCCGGUAAAGGAUGUCAACGACGUAAACUUUGUUCUUCUCCAAGAGCGCGAGCUCAACGCCAGCAGUGAUGGUGGUGGAAGCAACGGUGGUGAUGCCGUCAUCUUGUCAUGUGGCUGCGCCGCUGCCAUUCCCAUUGUACUCGGCGUCUAUAACCACGAUCUCGUUCCUAAGCUGCCGUGGGAUUUGUCGCUCAACGCCCUCGUCUCGGUACUUUCUGCCAUGGCCAAGUCCAGCUUGCUCUACACCAUCUGUGCUGCUCUGGGACAGGAUAAAUGGGAUUGGUCUUAUACUGCUAGGGGCAUUCGCGAGCACCAAAGAUGGCAACAAGAACAAGAAGAACAGCAUCAUCAAGAGCGACAAGGACACGGAGAGAACGAACGACUAGAGACCACGGGCAAGAACUAG